CCAUGACGAUCAUCUGGGAUGUGGUAUAUAGGGCUGCCGUCGCCAAGACCAAGCUUGUGGCCCGAGCUUCUGGCAGCGAUGCGAGAGAAUCAAACCACCAAUUCACGUCGUCCACCCAACGACGCGACACAUUCUACUCCGACUGUACCGAGCCUUUGCGCUUCUCUGUCGAAGCUGCGACAUUACCUGUGCCUUCCAUUUCUACAAACCGUCCGCUGGACUAGUGAAACAUCGACACAAACGACAUCAUGCUUCCAUUGGGACUUCUGACGGCUGCGACCGGCCACCCUAUGUUGGUCGAACUGAAGAGCGGCGAAACACUGAACGGACUCUUGGUCAAUUGCGAUACAUGGAUGAAUCUCACUCUGAGAGAGGUGGUGCAGACAAGCGCAGAUGGUGACAAGUUUAUGAGGUUACCAGAAAUAUAUGUGCGCGGAAGCACAAUAAAGUACCUUCGAGUACCAGACGAGAUCGUCGAGGUCGUAAAGGAACAGCAGGUCAAGGACCAAGCAAGCCGAGGUGGGCGAGGCAACAUGCACCAGCGAGGAGAGCACCGGGGCGACCGUGGAGGCCGAGGCACGCGGGGGCGUGGACGAGGGCGCGGAAGAGGAGGCGGUGGGGGAGCUUGAAGGAUGAUAUCGCACGCAGUCGCAUGAAAUCUUGCACACGAUGCACAACGUUCCCUGCGCAGGCAGCCUAGAAGUGUUCUAUGCGAGCGCUAUUACCAUUUACCUGAGACAGCAUCAACCAAUGCUGCAUCUCCGCGAAUGAUACUGGUGGUCGUAUAUAUUUUACCCUGGUCACCAGCUAGUUGCAGUCAGAAGGCCUAUCGGCUUACGGAGGACUGAAUUUCCACUCUGAUAUCAUGCACGGGUAAUUAGGGUUUGUCAUUUUAGCAUUGGCAUGCCAGAGACGAACUAGGCUGACGCGAGUAAUAAAUUCAGCACAAGAAACAUAACCUAAUAGUGCGACAACACACCUUACUAUUUGCUGUAUAGGUGUC